AUGAAUGUGGUGAAAAGACAGACCCUUGGUAGACCAUUAAAACCACAUAAAAAUAAUGAUUUGGUACGUCGUGAUUGCUCAUAUGGUAUUCGCACUGCUAUAACAAAACCACCGAUGUUGUCUAAAACGCUCCAAGCGACACGCGCGAUUACAAAUGCACCCAGAUACCGAUUUGAGAAGAAUUGUGAACAAGAAAAACAAAAAUUAUCUAUGGGUCCUCCACCAAGGAUUCCACCUAACGUAAAGCGUAGAUUGAUGCUGUCAAGUUCAAGAUUAGAUUCAACAACGAGUUCUCUUCUCGCACCCCGUAUAUUGGCGAACGACUCGGCUGCAGUUGAUUCCUUCUCCACUCCUAAGAAUAGACCCACGGCACUUAGAUAUAUUAGUAGUAGUAGUAGAGGGGGUUACAGCGGUACUAGAUCGUUAAGAUCUGCCAGCACAUCCAUGGUAGAAGCUAGCGUUAUAUUGGCGAUCUCUGAAGGCCGCGGAAUGGCUCGCGGUGAAAUUGGAAUGGCUGCGAUCGACUUACGUCACCCACAUUUAGUUCUUUGCCAGUUCAGCGAUACACUUCUGUAUACGCAUGCUUUAACGAAGAUCAAUUAUUUUAAUCCUAUUGAGAUUAUUGUGCCACACACAUUUUGCGAAGGAGUACAGCCAAGUCAGCUAUACCAACUUAUCAAAGACCAAUAUCCAUUAGUGAACGUGACAGCAGUUCAAAGAAGACAUUUCAAUGACUCAAAUGGGCGUCAACAAAUUCAGUCCCUCUGUGCCCCUCAGUACAGCGCAGUUUAUCUUCAAGUGCUUCAAAAAUUCUAUGCACUAACUGCUGCAGCAGCCGUACUCAAAUAUGUAGAAUAUAUUCAAUGCAUAGUGUUUGCGAGAGAAUCUUUGAAAAUUGAGUAUCAUUCUUCUGAAGAUACCAUGAUAAUUGAUGUCGGUACAGCAACUCAAUUGGAGCUCGUUCAGCCUUUAGUCCCAUCAGCUGGACCCACUUGUUGCUUACUUGGUGUCCUUGGUCCCACAUAUACUAUAGGUGGUAUACGAGCAUUAAGAGCAGCUAUACUACAACCGUCGUGUAAGAGAGAGUUUAUUGAAGCAAGAUUGGAUGCAGUUGAGGAACUUAUGGUCAAUGAUGGUGGAAUGAUGACGAGUUUACAAGAUAUUAUAAAGAAGUUGUCAGAAAUCGAUAAAAUCCUACUGCUAUGCAUUGAAACUCAAAAUCAACAAAUGGAUAAGUUCGGGGAAGCCCAACUUAAUCAAACGCUUCUCUUAAAAACUACAAUGGACGUGGUUCCCAACUUAGUAGAUGCGCUGAAGUUAGCUGAAAGUGGUCGAUUGAGGAAAAUUAAGAUGGACUUUGAAAACCCCCACUACAAAGAAAUAUCAACGCGUAUACGUGAAAUAUUAUUAGACGAUGCUCAUCUCGAAAAGGGAGCGAUGGGCAGCAUGCAAAGAUGCUUCGCGAUAAAGCCAGAUAUAAAUGGCCUAUUAGAUGUAGCUAGGCGAACUUAUUCCGAACUUAUUGAUGACAUACAAAAGAUUGUUGAACAGUUGAGCGAGACUUAUGACUUGCCAAUAAGAUUGAACCAGAACAUUAUGAAGGGUUUUCACAUUGUACUACCCGUAGCUCCUAAGAAUCGAAGAGAUUUUAACGUAUCUGACUUACCUUCGGUUUUUAUACAGGUACAAUUUAACGGCGCCAGUGUCACAAUGACUACUGAGGAAUUAGUAGUUAUUGAUCACCAAGCUAAAGAAGCUCUGAAUGAAAUACAGAAAAUGAGUAACAUUGUUAUUUCUGCUUUAUUAAAAGACUUACGACCGUACAUGGCCAGUCUUUACAAGCUCUGUGAAAAUGUUGCCGAAUUGGAUAUCAUAAUCGCUUUGACACAGAUAAGUACAGUUGGAUCGUACAUACGACCAGAAUUCAGCGAUUAUAUGGAUAUUAGAAAUAGUGUUCAUCCGCUCUUAGACUACAAUAGCCAAGUGAUGCCUGUCUCUAACGAUAUUUUCGCAAGUCCCGAACACAAUUUUACUAUUAUAACAGGGCCAAAUAUGGGUGGCAAAAGUAUUUACAUCAAGCAGAUAGCUAUAAUGCAAGUCAUGGCGCAAUUGGGUUGUUAUCUCCCAGCAACAAGUGGAAUUUUGCGUAUUUGCGAUCGUCUUUUCUCCAGGAUCGGAUUUAACGACAGUGUUGAGUUAAACGCGUCUACAUAUGUUAUUGAGAUGAAGGAGAUCCAACAUAUACUGAAGGGAUUAACUCGAGCAAGUCUAGUUAUUAUAGACGAGUUGUGCAGGGGUACAUGUGUAGAAGAAGGAACUAGUAUUGCUUGGGCUAUAUGCGAAGAACUAAUACUAAGUGAUGCGUUCACAUUUUUCACAACACACUUCUUAUACUUGACGAAAUUGGAAGAUCUGUAUUACAACGUAGUGAAUCGCCAUACUACAGUAUCACAGGAGGAAUAUGGUACAGAAAACGCACUUAAAAGACUUAUCUAUACUCAUAAAAUUGAACUAGGAACGAAUGCCAUCGACCAUUAUGGCCUAGCUUUAGCUGCAAAGACUAGCCUUCCAGAAGAAACAGUAAAUUUAGCUAAAGAACUAGCUGAAUUCAUUACAAGACAAAGAAAGCCAGAACGAAAGACGAUACAAGAAAAAAGCAACGAUCGUUUACUUUAUGAAUUCAACGCAAAAUUAGCUCAAGAUCGACGCCAUAAUCAAAACUCUACUGCAAUACAAAAAACGGUAGAUGCCUUCAAGGCCGACAAUCCCCAGAUUCUAGAAUACAUACGUCAUGAAAAAUCAAAUUCUGGAAUGAAUAAUAUUAGUUCGAUUACAAAUCUACACACAACAGAUACUUCUAAAUAUGCUGAUAAAGUUUCUAAAAGUAAUAUUUUUGAGGAAACACGUAACGAUUCAAGCUUUGUUAUCAAUAAUAAUCUCACCAUUAAUAACAGCAUACAUGAGAUUAACGAAAUUAAAAAAUUUAAAGCAGUAAAAUCAUCGACAGAAUUGCUCAAUACCUGUUUUUCAAAAAUGCCUCGUAAUACUUUAAAUGAUAAUCAUUCUGUUAUUGAUAUUGAUAAGGAAGAAAACAUACAAAACGACAUAAGUGAUAUCGGGAUUAUAGCUGUCAAUCGAGAACAAAAAAUGUUAGAGAAAAGUGUAUCUAUAUUAAAUGAUACAGAGCUUUCUGAUAAAAAAAUAACAAAUUCGCCAAAUGAUGAAUUAGAAAUAUGUCGUUCAAACACGGAUGACAGCGACUCCGAAUUGGCACAAGCGCUCACGCAAGUCAUAACUGAAAAUUCAGACUGCGAAAGUAGCGACAUCUUAUCUAUCGAUCGAGAACUAAUGAGAGAAACUGUUCAAGAGAUAAACGAUUUUAUUGAUUUAGAACAUAGUGUUCUAACACCACCUAAUGGUUUUCGUGAUGAUGAGUAG